UGAGGCUUCUCUCGCGAUAAGUGCUCUCAGCUGUCCACGCAUUAGAAACAUAAACACUACAAAUCGACUCGCCGUCUUGCUGAACUUUCUCCAGGAGAACAUGAGUGUAAAACUCACCGAGGGGGCAGUUGAGGCCCUGUUCAAAGGCUCGGAGGUGACCAGGCCUGUGCUCCAGCUGCUGAACAUCCGUCAAAUCAGUAGUGACCUAGGCCCACCCAGGUUCCGGCUCAUGAUGAGUGAUGGCCUGCACUCACUGGCCUCCUUCCUGCUGGCUACCCAGUUGAACAGACUGCCAGAGGAGAAUCUUCUGGAACCUCACUGUGUUUGUAUGCUGAAGAGGACCGUCACCAACACACUGUCAGAUGGCAGACGUGUGGUGAUUGUGAUGGACAUGGAGGUAAUGAAGUCUGCCAAGGAAACUGGGGGCAAGAUUGGAACUCCCACUCCAUAUAAUUCUGAUGGUAAGACGUCAUCUCCCCAGAAGCCGGCUCCAAGUACCUCGGUCUCAGCCUCCCCUCCAUCUGCUGCAGAGCCCGGACCCUCACAGAGCUACAGCAGAGCUGCCCGUUCCUCUGGCCAAGGCGCUGGAAGAGGUUUUAUGAAGAAGACACCCAUGAUGGCUCCCAGCACCUCUCAAGCCUCUUCAACAAAAGUGGUCCCUAUCUCUAGUCUUAACCCCUACCAAAGCAAAUGGACUAUCAGAGCCCGUGUCACCAACAAGUCCAAUAUCCGCACCUGGAGUAACUCUAAAGGAGAGGGCAAGCUCUUCUCCUUUGAGGUUGUGGAUGAGAGUGGGGAGAUAAGGAUCACAGCCUUCAACAAGGAGGUGGACAAGUUUUCCUCCCUAAUAGAGCAAGGCAAGGUGUACUAUAUCUCUAAAGCCUCACUGAAGAUCGCCAAUAAACAGUACUCAACACUGAAGAACGAUUACGAGAUGACCCUCCAUGCUAAUACCUCCAUUGUGCCCUGCACUGAUAGCCAGGAUGUCCCCACAAUGCAGUUUGACUUUGUUCCCAUCGGCGAGCUGGAGAACAGAGACAAGGACACCAUCGUGGAUGUGAUUGGAGUGUGUAAGAGUGCAGAGGAUGUAUCUCGUAUCACCACUAAGAACAGCAGAGAAGUCUCCAAGAGAGCCCUCAACUUAAUGGACACCACCGGCAAAGUGGUGACAGUCACACUGUGGGGAGAUGAGGCAGAGAAGUUUGAUGGCUCUGAGCAGCCUGUGGUUGCCAUCAAAGGAGCUCGCCUGUCUGAUUUUGGAGGCAGAUCUCUCUCUGCUUUGUUCAGCUCAACAGUCAUGGUCAACCCAGACAUACCUGCGGCCUUUAGACUGAGGGCCUGGUAUGACCGGGAGGGCUACGCAUUAAACAGCCAGUCCCUGACAGGGACGAAGUCAAUGGGCAGCAGUGGAAAGAUCAACUGGAAAACACUGAGUGAUGUUAAGGAUCAGCAGCUGGGACAAGGAGAGAAGGCGGAGUACUUCAGCUGUGUGGCCACGGUGCUGUACAGUCGUAAGGAAAACUGUCUGUACCAGGCAUGUCCCUCUGCAGACUGCAACAAGAAGGUCAUAGAUCAACACAAUGGACUGUACCGCUGUGAAAAGUGCAACAGAGAGUUCCCCAACUUUAAAUACAGGCUCUUACUUUCUGCUAACAUUGCAGACUUCGGGGAUAACCAGUGGGUGACGUGCUUCCAGGAGACAGCUGAGGUCCUGUUAGGUCACAGUGCAGAAACACUGGGACAGCUCAGAGACACAGAUGAGGCUGCGUUCGAUGAAGUCUUCCAGAAAGCCAACUUCACAACUCACAUCUUUAAAAACAGAAUGAAGCUGGAGACCUACAACGAUGAGACGCGUGUGAAGGCAACAGUAAUCGACAUCCAGCCAGUAGACCACAGGGAAUACAGCAGACGACUCCUCAAUAAUAUCCACAAAAUGGCCAGCUGAACUUGAUCCCAGUCAUCAGAACGGCUGCGUGGUGAUAAAACAGCUUUUUGACUGGUCUCUGACUUUUUCCGCUAGUGUGAUAACAGCAUAUCUGACUGAGGCAGCAGAGGGGCAACCAAAGAUUUAUCGGAUUAAAUGGCAGCCAAACAAAAGACUGAUAUUUAGCUGUCCUCUUGUUCCAGCAAGUGCGCAAUGUCUGGCCGGUUAUGACACAUUAGAAAUUUCAUGGAAAUGACUUUUACCUUUACUUAAAUGACAGUUUUAGUUAAUGACAUUUUGGGUUUAAACCUAAUAACAUUUUAUUUUUUUUUCUCAUCAUGAGUGAAGAAAAAUGAAAACUUUUUAUUGCAUGGUACAUGACGAGAUCAUUAUUUUAUGUAGGUCAUUGUAGCUCACCGGUUUGAGGACACUUUGUUACAGCUCUGUGUCAUCUGUGGUCACCAGCUCCAUGUUUGUUUUGAUUAGGAUUUAAAGAGGUGAAUUACAGUUUCACAAGUUUGAUUGUUUUAUUUUGAUUUUAUGAAGAUGGUGACAAAAGCAUGUGCCUGUGUGAAUUUUCAGUGUUGAGUGCUUGUUAGAUUGAUUCUUUACGAAAACGUCUUAAACCCCCUCACUGUCACUUUGUGUUCAUGCAUAUUUUUUUCUGAGUGGGUGUUUCCCAUCUGGGCCUCUAGUGAUGUUAGACAAGAGAAAAGAGUGAUUAAAAAGAUUCAGUGUGAAAAAUAGCAUUUGUUUUCAUCACCCAUUGCCCUUCUUUCUUUUCCUAUGUGUGUAUUUAUUUCCAUGCAAAAAUCAAUAAUACAAAAAAGAAUGAAAAGAA